AUAAUUGCAGGUGUGGCAGUGCUGAUUGCCGGACAGCUCGUUGUAACAUUCUGCACCGCCACCUACGCAGUGCCGAUAUUUGGACUCAAUGUCUUCCCCUCGUGGGCUGAAGGUGCCAUUAAAAACGCCACCGUGAAUGCUACCACCCCUUAG